AUGAGAGCAUAUAAGAUGAUUUGGGUGAACGGGGCUGCCGUUUCAAAAUUGCGUUUUUUCAUGUGGAAAGUUUGGAGAAGCAGGCUGCCUCUUGAUGAUUUUUUCAGAAGACUGGGCUAUCUUAUGGCAUCCAAAUGUUGGUGUUGUGCAGAACCAAGGGAGGAGACCACACAACACUUGUUCUUCACUUCAUAUGCAACAGAUAAAGUGUGGAAAUACUAUCUUGGGCAUGCAGGUAUCCCAAUAAAUGGAAUCACUUUCCAUCAGGCCAUAGUUAAAUGUUGGACUGCAUAUGUUGUUCCUAGACUAAAGCCUAUCAUGCAAGCACUUCCUUCAUCCCUCAUAAAGGUAAGGAAACCAAGCAUUCAGUAUAUUCCCCAUAGAUGGCCAGAAAUGAUCAAGAUGAUGGAACAGUACACCCCAAAGCUUAAAUACACAAAGGUGCUGUGGGAAUUACCAGAUCAUGGGUGGAUAAAAGUCAAUACAGAUGGAGCAUCUAAGGGCAAUCCAGGCAGAAGUUCAAUUGGCUUUGUAUUGAGAAAUGAGGUGGGAGAUGUAAUAUAUGCAUGUGGCAAAGAAAUACAUGAAGCAUCAAACACAGUUGCAGAGGCAAAGGCUAUAUAUGAAGCACUGAGAUUUUGUGUGCAGCAUGACUAUAUUCUAAUUGAUUUGCAUACUGAUUCUAUGCUAUUAAAGAAUCUCAUAACAGGAGAAUGGAAGCCUCCAUGGCAGAAUGUGAGGAGAUUAGAGGAAUGA